AUGGAGUCCCAGCUCGCGCGGUCUCAAUCCGAUUUACAAGUCGCGCGUGAUCGCCAGUCUUCUCUCGCUUCGGAGCUUCGCGAAUCAGCUACGUCCCACAAGACGGCUCAGGCCGAGGUAGAUCGCCUCGGAGCCGCGGUCGAGCAUAAGACCCGUCACCUCCGUACCUUGCGUGACAACUACGAGCGUCGCUUGAGGGUGGCCGAUACCACGAUCGCAACCCAUACAGCUGAGCUUGGCCGCUUGCAAGAUCGGGUAUCGACAGUGGAUCGGGAUCUCGUGCAGGCUUCCCAGCGUGUCCGCGCGGCGAUCUCUCAGCGCGAUCAGGCCAGGGCAGAGCAGGAUCGUGUCUCAGCGGCUCGCGAUACUAUCGCCCGGCUGGAAAAACGGAUUACCCAAGUCGAGAAAUCUCAGAAGUCGCGUCAGGAUCGUGAACUCGCGCUCUCCACGCUUCGGCAGGAGAGAGACAGUCUGGUGGUCCAAAGAGAUGAAUUGCUUGGCCAGCUCGGCGAGCGUUUCAUGGAGGUCACUGAUCUACGGGCCGAACGGGAUCAGGCGCAGGAGAGAUUGUCCAGCAUUGCGUCCUUUCUCCCUUCCGCACCGAGCCACAAACGCGCACGCUCUGAGUCCGAGUCUCCAGCCCAGUCUGCCCGGGUCUCCAAAGCCGCCUGA